AUGAAUCCUCCAGCCCUCGAGGAGGAAGAAACGCUUCUUGGAACGAGAGAUGGUGAGGUGGCUUGCCCUCAUUGUUCCCAUCCACCUAAGCAGAGAUCUGUCUUCCAACGCACCCUACCCUUAGCAUUGCCGUGGUGUCUCGUCACAAUUCUUCUCAUCCUGCUCGUUACACCCAGGCUCUGGCUGCCCGAACAACAUCCCGAACUUCUUCUCUAUUCACCGGUGAACCCCCUAGUGGAGUACGAGACCCGCACCUUCUACCGCAGCCGCGGGGACGACAAAUCCCCCUUCCAAGGCUGGCCCGAUGAUGAGAAAGACCGACUCUGGCUCGAGUCCUACCACUCUGGCCUGUUCACAUACGUGGACCGGGAAGCGGCCAUGCAGCUCCCCAAUGUAACCUCUCGCGUCGCCGAACCCGGGCUCGAAGACCAGUACAUGGUCGUCCUCGAUGUCUUUCACCAGUUACAUUGCCUGAACUUCAUUCGCCAGGCCUUUUAUCCAGAGCGCUACGGCCGGAGCAUGUAUCACAAAGACGGAACGCUGGAUUACUGUACAUGGCUCCACAUAGAUCACUGUAUCGAUCAAGUCCGCCAGUCCCUCAUGUGCUCGGCCGACAUCUCAAUUAUCCCGGUGCAGUGGAAUGACGCCACCAAGAGCAUGCGACCUCGGGUGGACACCAUUCAUACCUGUAAGAAGUAUGACCAAUUGCUUGAGUGGACGAUUGGGAGGAAUCUGAGCGAUUUUCGCGGGGCGGCGCUAGUCGUGGAGGAUGAGGUGGGGGGGUUGCGCAUUGAGGACUAUCUGGAGGACAAGGCAACCGGGAAGAUCCAAGUCGCAGAGUCCGAGUGUCACGCUAUCUAG